AUGAAUACGUGUUUACAUACUACGUGCCAUGCGCAGAAACAGGAACAGCGCAAACGUAAAAGCGCGGGUACGAAGUGGGCAGAGCCGAAGUAUGAGACCGCAUUCACUGAAAACACGGCCUCGGACGAUGAAGACAUGUCGGAGAGCGAGGUCGUGGCUGGAGAGAAGACUUGUUAUGUCAGUCGGCCGCCGUGGUUCCGAUCAGCAAUGCUUCAGGAGUGCUACGACGAUCUCGACCUGCGGAACGAUCCUGAGCCAGAUCGCGCAGCUCUGCUCAUCAAGCGGAGGAAGGGACCGGUAAAACUCACUGCUGUACCUCCGAGGGCGCAGACGCUGAAGAAUCGCCUGCGCGUGUGGAUGAUCACCGAGGACGCUCUCGAAGGGAACCCGCACUGGUUGACGGGGGGCCGAGUCGCACAAAACGGGAAGUUGUGGGGAGAUGAAGACGAUCCAGUGGACGAUAGCACAGCGAGAGGAACGAAGAGGAAGGGGGAUUCGUCCAAGAACAGUGGUGGUAAGAAAAAGAAGCGUCCUGCUGAGGACAUGAGUAAGGUACAAGCGGCUAGGGUUCACCACGGGUGA